UCUUACUUUCUAAGUUUGAACAUUGCAGACAAGACUGAUGAUAAUGAAAGCCUCUCUGCGGCCGGCAGAAAGAGAAAAGCUGCAAACACUGCAGAAGUUUCUGAGUCUGCAGGCUCUCCAGUUUUCACCUGCUGGCUGAUGAAGUCUGAGCCUGAGAGCCGCUUUGAAAACGGCAUUGAUGUGAAGUUCGGCAUUGAGGACCUGAAGGCUCUACCCAAUCAGACUGGCUGCUGGGACGGCGUCCGCAACUAUCAGGCUCGUAACUUCAUGAGACAGAUGAAAGAGGGGCAGCAGGCCUUUUUUUACCACAGCAACUGUAAGGAGCCGGGGAUUGCUGGAGUCAUGACAAUUGUGAAGGAAGCGUAUGUGGACCACACUCAGUUUGACAAGAAAGAUGUCCACUAUGAUGCAAGCAGCAAGCCAGACAACCCCAAGUGGAGCAUGGUAGAUGUUCAAUUUCAAAGAAUGAUGAAGCGUUUUCUUCCUCUUUCGGAGUUGAAGAAAUACCACCUCCAGCACCGCGCCAACGGAGGACCUUUGAAGGAUAUGGCUCUGUUUACCAGAGCCAGGCUCUCUGUUCAGCCACUAACCUCAGAGGAGUUUGACUUCAUCCUGAGUCUGGAGGACAAAGAACCGCUGUGAAGAGGGGAUUCAUGACCCAAUAAAAUCACUGGCUGUAUCAACCCACUACUGUGAAAUGGGCCUCUUGGAAAUUUCACAUGUUCGAGGAUAAUAAAUUUGUUAUG